AUGCUAGACGUUAAGUACUGGGACGUGAACAUGCUUGCAGGUUCAGUUACCGACCCAGCCAAGACUUUAGGCGUAGACGGGAAAGUAGUAACCGUGAAAGCCGGCGCGACUGCCGCUAUAGGGCUUCCGCCAGGCGCCGUGGCCACUGUUCCUGUUGGUUCUAGCGCAAAUGGCGCCGGAAAUCCCGUGGGAACCAUGGCGGGAGGCGGAGUGAUCAUUCCUGACGUGGAUCCGGAGAAGGAGGGCGAGGCUGAGGUGAAGAUAACGAACAAGCUGCGGCGCGAUGCGUUCCUGGUGUUCCGCGCGCUGUGCAAGCUGUCUAUGAAGGCUCCCCCCGGCGGAGGGGGUGGUGGAUCCGUUCGCUGUGCGCGGCAAGGCCGAAAUCGGCGUCUUCUUCCCCAUGAUCGUGCUGCGCGUGCUGGAAAAACGUUGCCCACGUCCAAUUUCCAGCAGAAGAUGAUCGUGCUGAGGUUCCUGGAGAGGCUCUGCGUGGAUCCGCAGAUUCUGGUGGAUAUCUUUGCCAACUAUGACUGCGACGUGAGUCCACUGUCCAGCAUCUUCGAACGGACUGGGGUGUUGCCUGUUGCGAAGUCAGAGGAGGCUUUGGAGGAGGAGGCGCUUGGGGGGAUGCCUGCCGGCUGGGAAGCCGACUUCCUGAAGAACAACCGUGGAAUCGACGACGGGAAGGACAUACCAGAGGAGUUUCUGGGCGGGCUGUACGACCGCAUCACACGGAACGAGAUCAAGAUGAAGCCGGAGAGCCUGGGGCCCGGAGGAGUGGUGUCCAAGGCUGCACUGGAGACAAGUGAUGAGGUGGUGAAGCACAUGCAGGAGCAGUUCCGUGCCAAGGCGGGCAAGUCAGGCCUGGAGACGAGUGAUGAGGUGGUGAAGCACAUGCAGGAGCAGUUUCCGUGCCAAGGCGGGCAAGUCAGGGUGGAGCGUCAGUGUGUGAGAAGGUCAGUAGGUAAGCGUGGGUAUGUUUCCAGCAGCAGCAAGGUUGGGAGAACGAGCGACGAGGUGGUGAAGCACAUGCAGCAGCAGUUCCUUGCCAAGGCGGGCAAGUCAGACGUGCAGAUCAUCCGCCCCAUGGUCGACGUGGUGUGGGGCGCCCAUGCUAGCAACAGUGUCAUUCAUUCUGUGCACGUUUCCUCGCCCUUCUCCCUUGACUUGCCCACCCUCUCCCUCAGGUCGGUGUUUUACGCCGCCUCAGACGUGCAGAUCAUCCGCCCCAUGGUUGACGUGGUGUGGGCGCCCAUGCUAGCCGCGUUCUCCGUGCCCCUGGAGACCACGGAGGAGGAUGCUAUGCAACGCGAUGCGUUUGUGACGUCGCUGGCCAAGUUCACGUCGCUGCACUCCGCAGCAGACAUCAAGCAGAAGAACGUGGACGCCAUCAAGUCUCUCCUGCUGGUAGCAGAGGACGAUGGCAACUACCUGCAGGAACGCAGCCUGCUGCUGGUAGCAGAGGACGAUGGCAACUACCUGCAGGAUGCGUGGGAGCUUGGCUCACGUGUGUGGUCAUGCUACGAGCACCUCCACCUCAUCGGCGAGGGCGCCCCCACCGACCUCCCACUUCUUCUCUGCCGAGCUGCAGCUCCCCACUCUCUCAAACACCACCCUCCCCCAACCUUCGCCCUCUCAUCCCUUCCACUUCGUCCCUCCCCUUUCUGCACUCCUUCCCAACCCCCCACCACACUCAUUCCCCUCCAUACAGAGCCUGCUGCUAGUAGCGGAGGACGAUGGCAACUACCUGCAGGACGCGUGGGAGCACGGCUCACGUGCGUGGUCGCGCUACGAGCACCUCCACCUCAUCGGCGAGGGCGCCCCCCACCGACUCCCACUUCUUCUCCGCCGCGCCGAGUCUCCCCCCGCUCACACCAGCAGCAGCGCCCGCAGCCGCUGGAUCCCCAGGGGGAAGAGGGGCGGAGGGAGGGGGGUGGCAGCGUCGGUGUAUGGGGGGCGGGGAGGGGCGUGGGGUGGUUGGGGGGGGCAGAGGGAUGCUGGGACGCCGCGGGGGAGGUGCGGGGACGCUGGGAACGCCGCGGGGGCAGGCAAAGAGGGUUUGGCGAGGGAGGCGAGGCUCCUGCCUGGAAGAAUGUAACUGGGAAGCUGCACCAGGUGGAGAAGCUAGUGAGGCGAGGGUCAUACGACCCACAGGGGAUGAUCGCCGGAGGACCCACAGGGGUGGGCGUGGGCGUGUCCCUCUCGCACCUCUCCCCCGACCAGGGUGCAGCUGUUGGUCCCUAUCCUAGGCCUACUGGAGCAGGUGGGGUCCAGCUGCUGGUGGCUAACCUGGGUCUGCUGGAGCCGGUGGGGGUGCAGCUGCUGGUGGCUAACCUGUGUCUGCUGGAGCAGGUGCAGCUGCUGGUGGCUAACCUGUGUCUGCUGGAGCAGGUGCAGCUGCUGGUGGCUAACCUGUGUCUGCUGGAGCAGGUGGGGUGCAGCUGCUGGUGGCUAACCUGGGUCUGCUGGAGCAGGUGGGAUCGGGACGAGGUAUCGCGACUCUUCUCCCGCAGCGAGCGCCUCAACGGGCAGGCGAUCGUGGAGUUCGUGAAAGCCCUCUGCAAGGUUUCUCUGGAGGAGCUGCGCUCGCCCACGGAGCCCAGAAGACAAUACCUCAACGGGCAGGAGAUAGUGGAGUUCGUGAAAGCCCUCUGCAAGGUGUCUCUGGAGGAGCUGCGCUCGCCCACGGAACCGAGAGUCUUCUCCCUGACCAAGAUUGUCGAGAUUGCCCACUUCAACAUGAGCCGCAUUCGGCUCGUCUGGUCGCGAAUCUGGGCUGUGCUGGCAGACUACUUCGUGACGGUGGGAUGCAUGCCCAACCUCUCAGUGGCCAUGUAUGCCAUUGACAGCCUGCGCCAGCUGGCCAUGAAGUUCCUGGAGCGCGAGGAGCUGAGCAACUACAACUUCCAGAACGAGUUCCUCAAGCCGUUUGUGGUUGUGAUGAGGCGCACUGCGAGCGUGGAGAUCCGGGAGCUGAUUAUUCGCUGCGUGUCGCAGAUGGUGUUUGCGCGCGUGGGGAACGUCAAGUCCGGCUGGAAAAUCAUGUUCAUGGUGUUCACCACAGCAGCCACGGACGACAACAAGAACAUCGUCCUUCUCGCCUUCGAGACAAUUGAGAAGGUCGUGCGGGAGUACUUCCCCUACAUCACCGAAACCGAGACCACCACCUUCACCGACUGCGUCAACUGCCUCAUUGCGUUCACCAACUCGCGCUUCAAUAAAGACGUCUCCCUUAACGCCAUAGCCUUCCUGCGAUUCUGCGCACUGAAACUCGCCGAGGGGGAUCUGGGGGCGAGUGCACUGGAGAGGGAGAAGGGGCUGAGUCCCUCUCAGGUGUCACACCUGCCGGGGCACCCGGAUGGGGAGGAGUUUACCGACAAAGAUGAUCACCUCUACUUCUGGUUCCCGCUACUUGCUGGUCUGUCCGAGCUGACCUUUGACCCGCGGCCAGACAUCCGCAAGAGUGCCUUAGAGGUCCUCUUCGACACCCUCCGCUUCCACGGCCACAUGUUCUCCGCCGCCCUCUGGGAGCGCGUCUUCGAGUCCGUCCUCUUCCCCAUCUUUGAUUAUGUUCGCCGGGCCUCCGAACCCCAGCACGGCGAGCCCGGUGGGAUGAUGCUCGGAGCCAAGAGAGGAGGCAGGGGAGGAGGAGGAGGGGAAGGAGGAGGAGGAGGUAAAGGAGGGAAGGGAGAGGCGGGAGGGGUGCUUGGAGGAGGGAGAGGGGGAGAGGGAGCAGGAGGAGGAGUGGACGUGCCGAUUCACAAGCACUCGCAUCACAAGGGCGCGCCGCUCUCCCGCCACCCGUCCACGUCAGAAGACGAGCGGCUCCGGGCGGCGAGAAGCGGCAGUCCCGAUCCGGCAUCCGAACUCGAGAUGGAUGCAUGGCUGUAUGAAACCUGCACUUUAGCGCUUCAGCUCGUAGUGGAUCUCUUUGUGAAGUUUUACAGUAAAGUGAGCCCGCUUCUAGGGAAGAUUCUCGCGCUCCUGACGUCAUUUAUUCGCCGGCCGCACCAGAGCCUAGCAGCGAUUGGCGUGGCGGCGUUUGUGAGGCUCAUGAGCAACGCUGGAGGUCUGUUUUCCGAGGAGAAGUGGGAUGAGGUGCUGACAGCACUUAAGGAAACAACAGGGACGACCCUUCCUGACCUGGCUGGGGUGGUGAAGGCUGCAGAUUUGGAGGACGAGGAGGAGAGGGAGAUGGAGCGGCAGCAGCAGAUUAAGGAAGCCAGGAGGUUUGAUUUCACGAGGGAUGAGGACGAGGAGGAGCAGAAGCAGCAGCAUCAACAGCUGGCUGCAGCGGUUGCAGAGGCAGUCGGUGCUGCUGCAGGUGGUGGUGGUGUGGAUGGGGGAGAGGAGGAGGGAGUGGAAGUUAAGAGGCCGAUGACCUUGGCAGAAGCUGUGGCGGAUGUGCGGUGCAAGAUUGCAGUGCAGCUGUUGCUGGUGCAG